AUGUCUGAUCCAAAGAGCGUACCGAGCGAAAAUGCCGACCCGCAGCUACAAGUUGAUAAAGCCAAGGUGGACUAUGCACCAAAAGAUGCGUCUACUGGAAGCUUCAAAUUCUACCCUGACAAUCCGGAAUCAAGUUUCAAUAAAUACAGAUUUGCUGCGAAAGACGCAAGCCAGUUUUACGACCCGUGCCAGGAGUCUUCCAAGAUGAGCUUGAGGUGUUUGGAAGAGAAUGAUUACGACAAAUCGAUGUGCCAGGAAUACUUUGAUGCGUAUCGCGAAUGCAAAAAACAAUGGCUUCAGGCCCGCAGGAACAACCGGAGCCAGUGGCAGUGA